AUGGCACAACCUGGAGCACUUGCAUUUGACACGGCUGCAGUGAUAUACAUUAAAGCCCUCCGGAAGAAGAACAUAACUAUUCGCCGCAAUAAAUGGAGAGCCGACCCUGGUUUUAAUCAUGAUAAUCACAAUUUUGAGGGGCACAUUGCAACCGGUGGAUUCGGUGUUGUUCUAAAGGUCGUCAAUUCAGAAACGAAAAAGCCCUACGCCUUGAAGCUCCAGUGGAAUCUCGGCAAAUUCGAAUUGGAUCUUCCAGAGGGUGCUCUUAUACCACCUCUCACGCCCAGCAGCGAAGCCACCAAGAGUUCUUCUCAAUCGGUCGAAAGACUAAGUCUCCGCGCGAAGCGGGAUUCCGAAACGAGAAUCUAUCUCCGCUUCAUCAGAGGCGGGCAUCCGCACAUAUGCAAUCUCGAAGCAUUCGUUCAAUACGUACCUGAAUACGGUUAUGACAAACCUGUUCUGGGACUCUAUUUCGAAUACUGCGAUGCGGGUAGCUUAACGAGCUUGGCGAAAGGAUUUCGCACUCAUCGUGUCAAACCGCCAGAAUUAUUCAUCUGGCAGAUCUUCUAUGAGUUGGUGAGCGCGGUUGCGUUUCUGCAUAAUGAACAUCCGGAUUAUAAUACGACGAGUCAACAUAAAGGGCGCGAUGUGAUUUUUCAGAAUGAUAUGCAAUCGGGGAAUGUAUUUCUGCAAUGGGGACCCGAUCGAGAAACCGGAUAUCCGCACGUGAAGAUUGGGGAUUUUGGGGUUGCGUUUACGCAGCCUCCAGGGGGUCACGUCCCUAAUCUCGAGGAAUAUGAUGAGCCGAAUCCGGAUGAUGAAGACUGGGAACCGCAUGAUAGGAAGAAGAAGGGCGAGGUUUGGUGGUUGGCCGCAGUGGUGUACGAGUUAGCUCGUACCGGCGUGAUUCUUGGGACGCUGGAUAAGGAGAGAGGGAAAUUGCUGAAUGUUGAUCCGAUUGAGAGUCAUCUGAGUGGGGAUCUGGAUCGAAUGCUCAGGGGAACGCUAACAGCCGAAGUCGAUCAGAGACCUUUCUCUGGAGAACUUUAUCACAAGCUUAAAGGUGCUUAUGAGGGUCGGGUAGGAUUAAUGUAUAGAAAAUUACCCGAUUGGGCGGGAAAAGAGGUUCUACAGCAUACGUUUGAUGAAAACCGAAUGAAGAAUCUGGAUGCAGGAGCACUCGAGGUUGAAAUGGCGGAGAAGGAAAAUGCAGAUGCUAUCAAGAGAAUUGAAGGCGAAAUGAUGGAAGCGUGGAUAGAGGCUCACACUACAGAUGAGAUAGAGAAGCUUGAUGAAGAGGGAGUUAUGGCAGAGAUGGAAAUUCAGUUCCAUGAGUAA